GCAGAUUCUCACUCAUCCAGGUCAUGGUGAUCCAAGCGUUCAGAUGAAGGCAGCUGGACUCCUCUGGUUUCUUGAAGACGUUUCUCUUGUCCUCCGAGGAGCUUUGUCAGUUCUGACUGGAAUAUGGGAGAGUCCAGUUUAUAAGCUGUAGCUGUCUGUUGUUGUUUAACGAGCAGAAACUACUGUGGGUACUCCUCUCCAUCCCCUGAUGAGUCGUGGGCUUCUGUUGUAUAAUUUCCAGGUUCUCUAACUGUUCUGGGAGAGCAGGAGAUGGGAUUCAGGGUUGUGAGGCCUGUUGGGCCCGCGCUGCUGCUCCUCGUCCUGCUGGUAACGGUGCUCUGCAGGCCGGACAGCUCAGACUACUACGACCUGCUGGGAGUUAGCAAGGAGGCAACCACCAGAGAGAUACGACAGGCGUUCAAGAAGCUGGCGCUCACCAUGCACCCCGACAAAAACCCAGGCGACCCGUUGGCCCACGACAAGUUCCUGAGAGUAAACCGGGCCUAUGAGGUUCUGAAAGACGAGGACCUGAGAAAGAAAUAUGAUAAAUAUGGAGAAAAGGGACUGGACGAGCAGCAGGGAGGACGUUACGAGAGCUGGAACUACUACAGAUAUGACUUUGGAAUUUACGACGACGAUCUGGAGAUCAUCACUUUGGAUAGCGGAGACUUCGACGCUGCUGUAAACUCUGGAGAGAUCUGGUUCAUCAACUUUUAUUUCCCACGAUGCUCACACUGCCACCAGCUGGCUCCAACGUGGAGGGAGUUUGCCAAAGAGAUGGAUGGAGUGAUCCGGAUCGGAGCAGUGAACUGUGGAGACAACAACUACCUCUGCAGGAGGAGGGGCAUCAGCAGCUACCCCAGCCUGUACAUCUACAGAGCAGGACAGACUCCUGAGAAGUUCACCAUGGAGAGAACCAAAGAGGACCUGGUCCGCUUCUCUAUGCAGUUCAUCACCACCGGUGUGACCCAGCUGUGGCAGGGUAACGUGUUCAGGGAGUUGGAGGCUGCUUUUGCAUCCAGUCUCAGCUGGCUGAUCACCUUCUGCUUCGACACCGGAGACUGUCUGGAGCCCAGGACAAGGCAGAAACUUGCUGGAAUGUUGGACGGUCUGGUUAAGGUGGGAUGGAUGGACUGCACCGACCAGCAGCAGCUCUGUGAAAGCUUCCAGGUGACCAGUGGAGCUACUGGUUUGUUCCCACCGGACAAUGCUCUAGAUCAGCAAGACCGCAUACUGUGGCUGAAGACGCUGGACACCAAAGAAAUCUACAGCCUGGUUCUGAACCAUCUACCGGAUCUGGAACUGCUGACCACUGACAGCUUCAAGGACAAACUGGCCCGUCAUCGCUGGGUGGUCAGUUUCACCUUUGGUGGCAGAAGCUCCGCCUCUAACGAGUACAAGAAGCUCCAAGCUUUUCUACUGAACGACCACGUACAGGUUGGCAGGGUGGACUGCAUAGCAGACCCAGCGCUGUGUCAGUCCCUCUAUGUUCAUAAACCAUGUGUGGCGGUCUUUAAGGGACUUGGAAUCCAGGACUUUGAGAUCUUCCAUGGUAAACACGUGUUAUACAACAUCGUGGCCUUUGCCAGAGACAGCAUCCGUGCCCAUGUGACAACGCUGUGGCCGGACAUCUUCCCCUCAGAUAGGAAGGAGCCAUGGCUGGUGGACUUCUUUGCUCCGUGGUGUCCUCCAUGUCGAGCUCUACUGCCGGAGUUGAGGAAAGCUUCAAUCCAGCUGGCUGGACAAAUAAAGUUUGGUACUCUGGACUGUACCAUCCACCACAAUUUGUGCUCCAUGUAUAAUAUUCAGGCCUAUCCUACAACCAUGGUCUUUAACGACUCCUCUGUUCAUGAAUAUGAGGGACAUCACUCAGCAGAGGGCAUCUUGGAAUUCAUACAGGACCUGGUCAAUCCAUCUGUGGUGAUCCUGGAUCCCUCCAGCUUCACAGACCGAGUCCGAGGGAGAGCUGAGGGAAUCAUCUGGGCUGUAGACUUCUAUGCUCCCUGGUGUGGUCCUUGUCAAGCUCUGAUGCCUGAGUGGAGACGCAUGGCCCGCAUGCUGUCGGGUCAAAUCCUGGUAGGGUCCUUGGACUGUCAGCACUUUCAGACGUUCUGUCGGGAUCAGGGUGUGAGGGCGUACCCUGAAAUCCGCCUUUACACAGGCAGCACCAAGCAGCCGGACCGCUACAUGAGUUACAAUGGCUGGCACAGAGAUUCUCAAUCCCUCAGAGUGUGGGCCCUCAGUGCUUUGCCCAGAGCGUCGGUGGACCUGACUCCAGAAACCUUCAGGUCUCAGGUUCUGGCGGGCCAGGAUCAUUGGGUUCUGGAUUUUUAUGCCCCUUGGUGUGGGCCAUGUCAACACUUUGCCCCCGAAUUUGAGGUUUUGGCUCGGAUGCUGAAAGGGCGAGUCCUGGCGGGGAAGAUGGAUUGUCAGGCUCAUCAGCAGACCUGUCGGUCAGCAGGAAUCACUGCCUACCCAACCCUCAAAUUCUACCUGUCUCAGGGCACGAGGAAGCAUGAACACAGCGGAGAGCACAUCAACAGCCGGGACGCAGACACCAUUGCUGACAUCAUCAGACAUCGAAUAGAGCAGCAGUUGCCACGGUUACACAGCACAAUGAAGGACGAGCUUUGACAGAAGAGGGAACGAAGGGACGGUGUGAUUUGUCAGAGGGGUAGAUGGACACUUCCUGAUACGUAACAGAGACACAGCUGUGUCCAACUGGACAUUUCUGCCUUGAUUUUAUUUGCUUUUGUUUUGUCUCCAUGGUUUGUAUUUGUUCUUUGAGGUGAAAGGUCACUGUCUUCUGUUAGGAUUGUAAGCUGCUGGAUUUAAUUCUUGUCUAAAUCCCGUCCAGAGGAUCCGAUUGUAACAACAGAGGCAGCAGCAGGAGCCAUGUGGUAAAGUUAUUUAAAUCACCAAACAUGAUGGGGUUGUUUACUGUGAACGGGUGUUCCUGGGUUUGUUUGGGUCUGGAUGACAUCAUGGGUCUGUUGGGUUUCCAGUUUAUUAUAGAUUAAAGUUACCCAUGGAUGUGUUUCCUGUGAAAACAUUUAGAAAUAAAGGAAUAUUUUAAAUCCUUAAGAGCUGAUCUGUCUGCCUCUGGGCCACAGCAGAGAUGUUUAGACCUUACUCCUCCAGAUCAUCCAGAGCAGCAGUGAGUCAUGCAAGUCCUGGAUCUGCCCUGAUGUGUCCUCCAGGUGGGGUAGGUGUAGAGCUCCUCCCAGAGAAGGUUUCCUGGUGCUGCUGACAGGUUGUCACGGGGCUCCAGGCAAAAAGAUCUGCUGUCUGAUGCAGACUAGGAAGCGUGCUGCUGUUUCUCCGUUUGAGCGCAGGGGUGAGGGGUUAAGCCUAGGUUAUGCUUCUGAGUCAGCUCCACGGCGAACACACGUGUUGACAGAGACGUUUUGCUCUUGGACUUCUCCGUCCCCCGAGGAGCGCUGCUAAGCAUUCCCCUUUCAACAAGCAAGUCCUCGUGCUCUCACGUGCCACAAACUUCAUCUGAUGUGGCAGUGUGAGUGUCCUGUCACAGUGUCCCGAUUGAUCAUGUGCACUGGUUAGCGCGCAUGACUCACCCGGGAGUCUGGUGAUAGAAUCCCGCCCGGGUCCUCGUUUCUACACCUCGCCACAUUUGGCGUUGUCGGCAGGAUCCAUGUAGUACUGUCAAGUAGCUCCAUGGAGGUGAAGUUGGUGACACCCUGCGCGGGAGCACGAGGAUGUGCUUGUGGAAAGAGGGGGGGGAGAUGUGGCAGUGUGAGAGUCCUGUCACAGUGUCCCGAUUGAUCAUGUGCCCUGGCUACUUGGCCAAGGGGACGUCCCUUUGGCUGACUGGUUAGAGCGUAUGACUCUCACCCGGGAGUCUGGGGAUCGAAUCCCGCCCGGGCCCUCGUUUCUCCACCAUGCCACAUUAGAUACAUCCUUGCUCAAAUGGCUAAAAGUCCAUCACGCCCCCUGCCCCAAACACAAAUUUCUAACGCUCCAUUCAUGUUUAGCUAAACAUGGCCGUCUCUCUACACAAGAUCUCAAUAAAUCUCAGUCGACAGACACAGUGAAAAGGCUUGCUUAAACACAAUAAACAUUACCUAAUUAUUAAAAACCACUGAGCCGCAUAACGUUCAGGGCAGAACAUUAGCCCAGAGGUUUACUGAUCGAGCAGACAUGUGAGAACACGUGUAAUGACUGCAUAGCAAUGGGGCUACCUAGUGGCUAACGGUAGCUGGACUGCUAACUCUACAAAUACACCGGUUGUAGUUAUAUCAAUAGAAUAGUCACAGAGUCAUCUUGCUUGAAAUUAGAUUGAUAUUUUUCUAAAUCAAGCGAAAAGUCGUUUGUUUGAUUUUACUUGAACAGACUGAAUAAACUACAGUAGGUAAGCUACCAUGCGGUAGCUAUUGUUUGAGGGCAGAUAUAUGCUAUUGCCUUUUGUAAACCAAAAUUAGAACUAACAAGCACAUGAUAAAACUUUCUUACCUGAAGCAAGCAAACUAAGGAGUGAGUGGUUGACAAAUAAAUCUGAAGUAGUCAAAUAGCAAAUAAAUCCGAAGUAGCCAAAAAGCAAAGAGCAACUAACUGGAAAUGAAUAUUGUGGAAAAAAACAAGGGAUAAAAUAAGAACAAAAAAAGAGGCAGAUUAAGCUGAUUGGAAGAUGGUCGUGGAACAUGUGAUGACCAUAACAAAUCAGAGAACUGGCUGGAACAUCAGUCACAGUAAUUGGUUCAUUUUCAGGGUUGUUGCAACAAGCCAUUCCAUUGGAAUGCUGUGAGGCCAGUAACAUGUAAAUUAGCUUACAUUUCCUUGCUGGUGGAUUUUAGAAACUAAACAUUUGUAAACAGCAAAAAUGAGUUUUUCA